AUGCCCGAGCAAAACAUAGUGGCAUGGAAUGCAAUGAUCACAGCAUUUGCCCAAAUUUGGCAUUUUUUGAAGUCGAGGAUUGUCUUUGACAAGAUGCCCGUCUGGGAUCACUUUAGCUGCAAUGCUCUAAUCGCUGCAUAUACAGAGAAGGGUUUUACUCGUGAAGGAUCCAAGCUCAGAGAAGCGAAGGUUAUGUUCGACGGAAUGCCCGGGUGGGAUCUCCCAUCAUGGUUCUCGAUGAUCAUCGAACAGCUCCAAGCUCGAGGAGGCUCGAUUCUUCUUGGACAAUCUCCCACAGCAAAACGAGGUUGCGUGGACUUCCAUGAUCCACGGCUACGUUUCCAACAGCCAGGUCGAGGAAGCCCAGAUCCUCUUCACCCGAAUUCCAGUGCGCGAUUCCAUCUGCUGGACUGCGAUGAUCGGGCCUAUGCUCAAAACGACGCACACGCCGCGCGGGCGAUGUUCGAUCGAAUGCCCGAGCGCCACAACGUUGUCGCAUGGACAGCGAUGAUCCAGGCCUACACUCUCACUGGGAAUUUCUUCCACGCUUUGAUCCUCUACCAGGACAUGGUGUUGGAAGGAAUGGCUCCCGACCAGAUCACAUUCACUGGAAUCCUCAUCUCAUGCAGCUGGGGCUCCUCGCCAAAUCGCGAGCCUACUUCGUGUCAAUGCGUGGAGACUUGUGGCUCGCCCCGAUCGUGGAGCAUUACUACUGCAUGA